AUGCAGCGCCUCGCCCUCUUCUUGGUGUGCCUGCUGGGUUCUGCCCUGGCCCUGCCUUCCCCAGCCUUGCGGGGAACAAGGGCCUCAGGCCGCAUCAUUGGGGGGACCAACGCCGACAUCGCCGACUACCCGUGGCAGGUGUCCUUCCAGAAGUUGGGUUCGCACAACUGCGGAGGAUCCAUCAUCAGCUCCAGCUGGGUGCUGUCGGCGGCCCACUGUGUGGACGGCGUCGCUCUGUCCUGGAUGAGUUUCCGGGUCGGCAGCUCGGUCCGCGAGAGCGGAGGAUCCGUCCUGCAGGCGUCCUCUGGCUACAUGCACGCACAGUACGACAGCGAGACAAUAGACUACGACAUUUCCGUAAUCCAGGUGUCCGGGUCGCUGCUCGGCAGCAACGCCCAGGUGGUGAGCCUGCCCUCUGACGGCUACGACCCGGCGGCUGGCCUGGAGGUGACGGUGACGGGCUGGGGGAGGACGAGGACCGGCGGGCCUGCAGCCUCCACCCUGCAGAAGGUCGACAUCAGCAUCUCGGACCGCUCCUACUGCCAGAGCUUUUUCUCUUCCGAGGUGACCGACCGCAUGGUGUGCGCUGGUCAGGCCGGCAAGAGCGUCUGCAACGGAGACUCUGGCGGCCCCCUGGUCAGCGGCAACAUGCAAGUGGGCAUCGUCUCCUGGGGGGCGAAGACCUGUGAGUCUGCGCCGGCCGUGUACGCCAGCGUCGGCAACCUGCGCUCCUGGAUCCGCUCUGCAGCCGCUGCAGCCUUGGCUUCUUCCGUCAGGCUGUGGAAUAAAGCUGCUGGGCGCAUCAUUGGUGGGCCCUCGAUCACCAUGGAAUCCUACCUUUGGCAACUGUCCCUCCAUUACAGCGGUUCGUACAUCUGCGGAGCGUCCAUCAUCAGUUCCAACUGGGCGCUGACGGUCGCUCAGUGUGUGGACGAGCUCAGCGUCUCCCUUAUCAGUUUCCGCGCCGGCUCGACGACUCGUGAAAGUGGCGGUUUUGUACUCAGUGCCUCAUCCACUAGCAUUCACGACGGCUACAGCGGCGGAACGAAGGACUACGAUAUUGCCCUUGUCCAGGUGUGUGGUUCGUUGCUUGGGACGUAUGCACGGCCCGUCGGUCUGCCCCCUGAGGGGUUCGACCCCGAAGAGGGCCUCAAUGUCACGGUGACCGGCUGGGGCGACAGGUCCACAAGUGGCCUGGAAGCCGGGAACCUGCGCAAGGUGGACACCAGCAUCUUGGCUCACCGUACCUGCCAGGACCCGUUCGCCGGUUUCAACGCGGUCACAGAGAGGAUGGUGUGUGCCGGAGAGGCCGGCAGGGGCGUCUGCAGGGGCGACUACGGCGGCCCGCUGGUCAGCAGCGCCACGCAGCUGGGCAUCGCCUCGUGGUCAGCCUCGCCCUGCGAGGCCAUGCCCGCCGUCUUCACCAGCGUGGGCCACCUGCGCUCCUGGAUCCGCGCCACUGCAUGUGUCUAG